AUGUUUGGCUCUGUGCGCUUUACAUUUCUAAUGCUAGUCGCAGCUGCACUGACUACAGUUUAUCAAAAAGAAGUGCAACAGCUUGCGAGCAUCGUCUUCAUGGAUGAAAAGCUGCUAGAUGAAGAAAUUGCUGCUAAUGAAUUCAAGCCACAGCCGACGACAGAGACAGUGGCGAUCAUAACAGCGCAGCAACUGGCCGAGUGCAAUGGUCGACAUGCUAAUCCUUGCUGGCUCGCUGUACUUGGUGCUGUCUUUGAUGUGUCCAAGUGCAACAAGGAGAAUGGACAUGGCUGCUGCUACAAGUACUUGGUAGGCACGGAGGCGUCCGUGGCGCUUGUGCAUGGCAAAAUCGACGGCAAAUAUCCAAAGGCAACAGACGACGAUGUGCUGAAGCUAAAUUCCGACGAUUUGCUGCAGCUUGCCAAGCUGAUGCUGUUCUAUGAGCAGGAAUACGCCUACAAGGGCAAGCUAAUUGGCCGUUUCUAUGACGCGCAGGGCAAGUUAACCGACUAUCAUAAGAAGUUGCUGCUGCUGCUGGCACAAGCGGCGAAAGUCAAGGCGCUGAGCCAGCAAAAGGAAGAAAGUCUAGAUCAAGUUGUUGAGCCAUACGCUUACAUUAAGUCCUAUGACAAGUGUGCAGCACAUGACUUGAAAUGCUUGUAUCAAGUAUAA